AUGAGUCUCCACCCUGCUGCUCAUGAUGCAGUUGGUGGUGGCUCACAGACACUUGGGAAGAUUCAAAAGGUCCCCCAGUGUUCUCCCACCUCCCUCUCCCUGCAAGCCCCUGAUCUCACCACCAAGCCCACAUCCAUCCCAGCGCCUGUCCCGCCGCCGCCCCGCGCCCUGACCGCGUCUGCUGCCGGCAUGGGCUCCGUUCUCCUCGCCUCCGCGCUCCUGCUGCUCGCCCUCUGCAGCUGGGCCACCGGGCAAGACUGCCUCGAGCAGUGCCACUGUGCCGCCGUGCAAGAGCCCAGCUGCCCGGUGGGCGUGAGCGUAGUGCAGGACGGCUGCAACUGCUGCCGCGUGUGCGCCAAGCAACUAGGCGAGUUGUGCACAAAACGGGACCGCUGCGACCCGCACAAAGACCUCUACUGUGACUUUGGCUCCGAGAAGAACCGUGAGGUCGGAGUGUGCACAGCUAAAGAAGGGGCCUCCUGCUACUUUGAAGGGAAGGUGUACCAGAGUGGAGAGACCUUUGUGGUUGGCUGCAAAUCAAGGUGCCAUUGCAUGAACGGGGGACUGGGCUGCGUGCCCCUGUGCUCCCCAACAGUUCGUCUUCCAGGCCCUGACUGCCCUUUCCCGCAGUUGGUCAAAGUGCCAGGGAAAUGCUGCGAGGAGUGGAUUUGCAAUGAGCCCAAGGGUCGCACAGCAGUUGGCUCGGCCCUUGCAGCUUACCGACUUGAAGACACGUUUGGCCCAGACCCAACUAUGAUGCGCGGCAACUGCCUGGUCCAGACCACAGAGUGGAGCGCCUGUUCCAAGACUUGUGGGAUGGGCAUCUCCACCCGGGUUACCAAUGACAACGCCAUCUGCAGGUUGGAAAAGCAGAACCGCCUUUGCAUGGUCAGGCCUUGUGAAGCUGCCCUGGAACAGAACAUCAAGAAGGGCAAAAGGUGCAUCCGUACCACCAAAAUUGUGAAGACUACCAAGUUUGAGCUUUCUGGCUGCACCAGUAUGAAAACCUACCAGGUCAAGUUCUGCGGAGUCUGCACCGAUGGCCGGUGUUGCACACCUCACAGAACCACCACCCUGCCCGUGGAGUUCAAGUGUUCUGAUGGGGAGGUCAUGAAGAAGAACAUGAUGUUCAUCAAGACCUGCGCCUGCCAUUACAACUGCCCUGGAGACAAUGAUAUCUUUGAGUCACCGUAUUACAGGAAGAUGCAUGGAGACAUGGCUUAAAGCCAGAGCGUGAGAGAUUAUCUCAUUAGACUGUAACUUGAACUGAUUCACAUCUCAUUGUGUGUGUGUGUGUAUGUGUGUGUAAACAUGAUUUCAGUUAGCACAACUUAUUUAAAUCUAUUUUUCUAACUGGGAAAAUGAAUUCCCACCUGAAUCAAAACAUUGUGCUCUGUGGCAUUCACACAAAUAAUCUAUCAACUCCAGACACUGGUUUGAAGAAAGUAAAACUUGACAGUGGCACCUCAUUAGCACACAACAUCAUGGUGUUUAUAGGGUGGGGUUUAGGGACUAGUAGGAGGGCACCAGGAGAAAUGAGUAGCAUCGGAAAGGUUGUCAUCCUAAGGUGGUAAGAGGCUUGCCAUUUUGGAAAUGGAGAAGGAACAUUUGAGCAAGCUCAGUGACCUGUCUGUAACGCCAGCGGUCAUAACGAUGUGUGUUCUCUGGCCAUCAAGAGGCUGAGUCACGUGGUUCUGGAAGGCAGGCAGCACAGCAGACUUGGCUUUGACAUUCUGAUUUCAGUGGCAGUGUUCAGGAAUCAGAAUCCUGUCUGUUAGACUGGACAGCUUGCGGCAAGUUAGCUUGCCUGUAACAAGCCAGACUUUAAAAUUUUUCUAUUGUAGAUAUUGUGUAUAAAUUAACUUGUACAGCUAUCUAAGUUAAUGUAAAGUGUUUGAUUUUCUUGUCCAUGCCUCGGAAUUUCAAAUGAUUACCCUCCUUUUCUGACUACCGUAGGAAGGACAUAAAGUUUGUCCAACACUUCAAAGCUUGAAAUGGAUACUCACAUGGAAACUUUGUUCAGUUGAGAGACAGUUCCUCCAGAUAGGUUGUUUACUAACGGCGAGGCGGUAGUUUCCACGGAAGUCUGAUUUUUUAUUGGAAAUGGGCUAGCCUCAAUUUUAAUGAACAGGAGAUCUUUAUUCAAAAAGAAGAAGGAUGGUUUUAUGGAUGAUCAGUUUUUCCACUGGGAAAUAAUUGUUUCUACUUUGACUGUGACUGUUUUCUGGACAGUUUCUUUGUUGAGAGUGUGACCAAAAAUUACAUGUUUUCACCUUUCUAGUUGAAAAUAAAGUAUAUAUUUUUUCUACAAA